GUGUGGCCUUGAACUGAAAUUGCAAAUUCUCCCUUGGGACUCGCUGGGUGGUAAAGUCUCUGCUGUGUGUAUGUGGUGGUGGGGGGAGGGGACUACGGUUGUUUAUUCAUCAAACAUUAAUUGUGUGCAAGGCGAUGCUUAAAGCUGGGGAUUCAGAGGUGAACACACUCCAUUACCCUGAUUCCUGAGGAGGCCACAGAGGUAGAAGGAUGUCAGAUGAGCACCUGGCUCUCUUCCUCUCCUGGGGGACUGAACACUCUUAAGCAAUUCAGGCUAGGACACUCCCUUAUGGGGCUUGGGACAGGCUUUGUUAGGGAGAUUGAGAAACCAUUUCUUCACCUUGUACUCAGGGAGUCCUCAUCCACUACCCACCAAGCCCUGUUAGGUAACAGUCAGGGCUGAAGCAACCCCCGGCCCACACCCUGGCAGGUGGCCAGUGAUGAGGCGGGUCAGGAAGGCCCCCUGAUGGGCCUUUGCAUCAGGCUCAGGCUGGGCAUAAAGGAGGUUCCUGUGGCUGGUGGGAGGCAGAUUUGGGGACCAUGGAGACCCAGAGGGGCAGCACUUCCCUGCAGUGGUGGUCACUGUUGCUGCUGCUGGGCUUGGUGGUACCUCCGGCUGCUGCCAAGGCCUUCAGUUACCAAGAGGCCGUGCUCCGUGCUGUGGAUGGCCUCAACCAGCAGUCCUCAGAUGCCAAUCUCUACCGUCUCCUGAAGCUGAACCAGCAGCCCAGUGGAGAUGAGAACCCAAACACCCCAAAGCCUGUGAAUUUUACAGUGAAGGAGACUGUGUGCCCUAGGAGGACAAAACUGCCUGCAGAGCAAUGCGACUUCAAGAAGAAUGGGCUGGUGAAGCAUUGUGUGGGGACCGUCACCCUGGACCAGACCACUGGCUUCUUUGACAUCAACUGUGAUAGGCCCAGGCAUGUCAGGAGAAUUCGCGGCUUACGUAAAUUCUUCCGGAAAAGUAAAGAGAAGCUCAAGAAAGUUGGCCGGAAAGUCAAGGGAUUUUUUCGGGAUGUUUUACGCCGGGUACCAUAUCUGCCUGGCCCUCGCUUUUCUUACGCGUUCUGAAAAAUAAACUCCGGUGGAAGCAAUUUCCUCCGGGCUUCCAUCUCACUUGUCUUGUCUCCUCUUACUCCCCACAAACGAGUCCUUAACUCUGGGAGGCCGUGUGUGUGUGUGUGCGUGUGUGUGUGUGUGUGUUUGUAUGAGACAGGGAUGGGUGGGGGCAGCUGUUCCAUCCAAGAGAGUAUGGGAGGAGGUGGCAAGGAUCCUCCCUAUGCCCUUCAUAUACCUCCCCUCUCUCCUUAAUCCAACACCUAGCAGGGACUUAAGGAGAUCUACUCUGUGUGCAUCCAAAGGGUGGCACAAAUGGUUAAGUGCUUGACUGCUAAAAAAGGUUGGUGGUUCAAACCCAACCAGAAGUAAGUUGGAAGAAAGUCCUGGUGAUCUGCUUCCAAAAGGUCACAGGCACUUAUGGGGACUCCAUGAGUUGAAAUCAACACAAUGGCAA